CUCUCUGAAGCCGUUUUUGCCGUCACACCUAUGGAAACGGUUAAAGUGAAGUUCAUCCACGACCAGAUCCAACCAAAGCCACGAUUCAAGGGAUUCCUCCAUGGAGUCGGCUGCAUCAUCAAGAGUGAAGGAAUUGGAGGCAUAUACAAGGGAGUCACAGCUACAAUGGCCAAGCAGGGUUCAAAUCAAGCCAUACGAUUCUUUGUGAUGGAAACGUUAAAGGAUUGGUAUCGUGGCGGAGACAGCUCGAAGACGGUAUCCAAACCAGUCACCGGUCUCAUGGGAGCCUUUGCGGGUCUUUGUUCCGUAUACGGAAACACUCCUAUUGACGUUGUGAAAACGAGGAUGCAAGGUUUGGAAGCAAAGAAAUAUAAAAAUUCAAUCGAUUGUGCUGUGCAGAUCUGGAAGAAAGAGGGUUUCUUUGCGUUCUACAAAGGUACUGUCCCCCGGUUAAGUCGAGUUGUUCUGGAUGUGGCAAUUACCUUUAUGAUCUACGAUUCUAUUAUGGACUUCCUUAAUAAGUACUGGAGGAAGCCGGCUGACUAA